CCCGAGGGCCCCGCUCUGUGUGGCUGGAUUGAGGCCGUUCUCUGUGUGUCACUCUCUGACCUCGAAAUCUCGAACGCUCGAGGACUGAACGGGCUGCCUGAACGAACUACUAGCAGGCAAACCGACUCAUCCGUGCUCAGGGCCUGACCCCACGGACCCACGGGCUAGAAAGCCCAACCCAUCGAGGCCUGAUCCCACGCCAUUCAUUGGACGGACGAGACGCGCAUUCCCGCCCCGCAAUCUUACCCUGGCAACGCUUGGGGCUUUGGCGUGGCUGUCCUUCACUCGCUCGCGCUUAUCAGCCUGGCUCUGGAUCUUGGCAUCGGGGUGACUAGCCAGAAUCAGACUUCCAGAUCGGUGGGCCUGAUUUUCUGAUAUUUGAAGGCCUGGCCCACCCGUCCUAUUGAUUGGAACUGACGGCCUCCCUCCGUUGCUCCGUCCCGCCCUGACGCCACUCACGCUGAGCCUGGACCUCAACUCAAACUUUUGGCCAAGGCGCGUGCCUUAGAGUGCCCGUAGUGCCCGUGUCGAUCCGCCCCCGCCCCGCCCAUUGCGUCAUGGCCGCGGGGCCAGCCUCUUUGGCCUCCACCCAUGCCUCGGGCACUCUGUCCAACCCGUCGCUGGGCUCGAUGCGGCCCGCCGAAGGACCGGGCGAUUCUUCUUCCACCUCUUCGUCCUCUUCCAUGGGAGGCGGGGCCGUUCAUCGACGAACCUUCCGCUUGGAUCCCGAGGGCUCCACUUCCGAAGAGGAGGAUGUGGCGCCCGGAUCGGGCCUCAAGGGCAAAAACUAUCUCCGACCUCGACCGCCGCAUGCCUUUCCCCCUAUCGCCUCGCCCAAAUUAGCCCAUUCCGCCGUCCUCAAUGGGGUGGGCCCCGGGCGACGCGUCGGACUGUUGAACUCGACGGGACCGAAUGGGACCACACUGGCCUCGGAACAAACCAAAAUCACCUUGGUGGUCGACGACACGCGCUUUGUGGUCGAUCCGGAGAUUUUCACCUCUCAUCCUGAUACCAUGUUGGGUCGCAUGUUUACCUCUGGAUUUGAUUUCCAUCCGAAUGCCAGGGGCGAGUUUGAAGUGGCUGAAGGAGUAUCGGCUUCCGUCUUUAACGCCAUCCUCGAGUUUUAUCAGUAUGGCUUGAUCCAUUGUCCGCCCCACGUGUCUGUGAUCGAACUCCGCGAGGCUUGCGAUUACUUUAUGGUGCCUUUCACGGCCCAAACGGUGAAAUGCCAAAACCUACGUGGGCUCCUCCACGAGCUCUCGAACGACGGGGCCCAAGAACAAUUCGAAAACUAUCUCGAGGAGCUUAUAUUGCCGGAGAUGGUCAUUUGCGCUUCUCGGGGUGAUCGCGAAUGCCACAUUGUCAUAUUAGUAGAUGAGGACCAAAUCGAUUGGGAUGAGGAUUUCCCACCUCAAAUGGGCGAAGAAUACACGCAGACCAUCGUCUCAACUUUGCUUUACCGCUUCUUCCGUUAUGUCGAAAAUCGUGAUGUGGCCAAACUCGUGCUCCGCGAAAGAGGGCUCAAAAAGGUCAAACUGGGCAUCGAAGGUCACCCCACGCAUAAGGAGAAAGUCAAGAAGCGACCUGGUGGUAAGGCCGAGGUCAUCUACAACUACGUCCAAAGACCCUUCAUCCACAUGUCUUGGGAGAAGGAAGAGGCCAAAUCACGGCACGUGGACUUUCAGUGCGUCAAAUCGAAAUCCGUCACGAAUUUAGCCGAAGCCGCUGCUGAUCCUUCCAUUGAUAAUUUCGAUGCCCGUGGCAACCCCAUUGGCCCAGGCACUGAGAAUAACCCAGCCGUAGUCCCUGCGGGUGUGGCAGGUGGAGGUCAGCCCGUGGCAGCUGGUCUCUUGGAUGGAAACAUGGCGUUAGCUGACCCUGAAAUCGAGGCUGGAGGACUAGCUGUCGCUGCGGGUGGCUUGCCUUUGGCUCUAGGAGGUGCCUUGGGUGGAGCCGGGGCGGCCAUAUGACGAAGGCACUCGGUCGCCGUGGCUGUGAGCUCAUCUUCAAAUUCAACUUCCACAACCCCAAAUCUCCCUUCCAACCUGAGACGACGUCAGAUCGCGAGAUUCCCACACUCAAGACGGCCUUAGAAGGGCGUUUUCCAAGACAUUGCAACACAAUUGGGGCUCAUUUUUGUGUCAUUCAGGAAUUCACUCGUGGAAUUUGCUUUAAUGAGUCUUGCUCGUUCAUUCAUUCAUGUUCACUUCAUGGUAAAGGACUACGUAGCUCUCAUUGAUGAUGGGAGCUAGACAUUGUCAAUCGUGUACUGAAGUACAUUAUAUGAUGUAUAUUGCUCGAGUCGAAAGCUCUUUGUAUCUUUUGCUCAAAGUUAGCAACAGUGUGUGUUCUUCUUCACAGUGUUCGUUUUCUAUGGCCUAUCCCGUGGAAUCACUUCGAAGCCCCUAAAAUCUGAAUGAAGAUCUUGCGUUUUCGUUCAGUAUGAAUCAAUUUGUGAAAAAUUUAAUGGAAAUCCCUUGCUGCAGGUGAAUAUAGUUACAUAUAUACACAUACAUACAAA